UGAUGACGAAUAGCAGCAGCAUCCAGACAGCAGAGCCCCGCGUGAAUGACACAUGGACGAUUCAGCAUAUCAAACCAAUAUAUCUGUCUAUAUAUUUACACUAUUGUUUAUGUCAUGUGGAUAAUGUAGCGUAGCUCGCUUCAUUAUCAUCCACAGCGGAGGCUAAUUACUAGCAAAACAGGAAACAAUUACGCGAUUUGCAUCUGUACAUCCAAUAUAAACACCAGCAUACAGCGACGCUAUCAUACAGUAUUACAGGCUGUGAUAGAGUAUAUUAGGCUUUUCCAGUUGUCUGGGGAGAACAUGGAGAGCUACGAUGAUUUCUGCGCACGGAUUGUGUCUAAACUGCAGACGGAAAUGAGGCGUAAAAAGAGCUGCAGUACCGCACCUGCGCGAGUGGUGGCGCACUCUCUCAUCUGCUUUCAUGGCAGGCCGGUUCUCUGUCCUGUUCUAAGUGAGAAACAAAGAAGAGAAAUGGCUAAAUACAAGAAAAGAGCAUCACAAGUGGAGGCAGGACGACAGCUUCAUCAUAACAAUAACCUGCUCAAUCAGAUGCCGGCAAGUCUUUGGACCAGUAAGGCACCAAAAGUCUUGGAUAUCCCACAGCCUUCAGAGCAGCGCACGUCUCCUUCUCCAAAGACAGACUACAGGAAUGGUUUCACACGACCGGACAGUACAAAACUCAGACAUAAUGGAGCUCCUGAGCCAUAUAUACUGUCCAACAGGCCUCCAGUGACUCCAUCAUCUGAUCUACCUGCGUUUGUGAGAGGAAAACCUGCCGAGGAAAAACAAAUGCAAGAGGAAACUGAACCAGGAGUUUGCCUGCAGAACCUGCUAAAGAAAUCACGUGAAUUCAUUGAAAAAGAGCAAGCAAAACCAGGCUCAAAACUCAACAAAACCCCGUCAGAAAGCCCCUCGGAGCCUGUUGGCUGCUUUCUGAAUGGGACUGGUUUUAGUGGCUCCCCCAGUUACACCAUCAGCUCAGAAUGUGGUCUAAAUGCAAACAAAUCCCACCGCGGACGCCCUCGUCCCAUUUCUGCAUGCAGCAUCUUCUUUUCUUUACCUGAAAACCCCAAACCAAACAUUACACCCAAUGCAAGACCACAGGAUCUAAAACCAAUUGGAAUGCAGGAAAGGAAGCUGCUUGGGUUGGAAAAUGUGAAUGUAUCUCCUUAUGAGGAUUUCUCCAGGUUGACCGAGACUAUAGGUAGACUGGAAACAUCUCCAGUAGACGCUGAGCUCACGAGUCCUCUAUUUCGGAGGAGAUGCCACACGCUGGACAGCCAUCUGUCCUCACGUCCUGUCAUAGAUAGGAGCCAGGAGCGAAUGCCUCGCUUUAUGGCUGGGGUCACGGCGAGAACGCCAACUCGCCUUUCACCUCCUUCACCAAUGAACAAGAGUCCCGGAGUAGCAUUCAUGGGGUCUGCAGUCAGUCCAGAAUCUCCUUCUCAUGCCAAACUACAAUUCGAGAUGGAGAGGAACAAUGUUAUUAGUACUUCGGUAAAAGACCGAAGGACAGAUGAGAUGCAAUGGCAGGCGCAGGCUCUGGAAGACAUGCAGAGGUCACUGGAGGAAGACUACGCUUUUCGGAUGUCCUGUCUAAUGGCGGAGCAAGAGAGAGAACACCUGGAUUCAGAGGAGCGGGUCAGGAGACUGAGGGCUCAGGGUGGUCUGAGUCCUGCUGUGGGUGGGAGAGGAUAG